CGCUCCUUCGACCUCUGCCGCCGCAGUUGCCGCCGCCACCUCCCGGGAAGAGGGGAAGCCCAAGAGCCCACGUCGCCAUUCACUCACGUCCUCCAGCCGCGCCGCCCCGAAGACUGUAAGAUGUUCGCCUGCGCCAAGCUCGCCUGCACCCCCGCUCUGAUCCGAGCAGGAUCCAGAGUUGCAUACAGACCAAUUUCUGCAUCAGUGUUAUCUCGACCAGAUACUAGGACUGAAGAGGGCUCUACGGUAUUUAAUGGGUCCAGGACUGGUGUGUCCCACCUAAUCCAAAGGGAGUUUCAGACCAGUGCAGUCAGCAGAGAUAUCGAUACUGCUGCCAAAUUUAUUGGUGCAGGUGCUGCCACUGUGGGAGUGGCUGGUUCUGGUGCUGGUAUUGGAACAGUCUUUGGCAGCCUUAUCAUUGGUUAUGCCAGAAAUCCUUCACUGAAGCAGCAGCUGUUCUCAUAUGCUAUCCUGGGAUUUGCCUUGUCUGAAGCUAUGGGUCUCUUUUGUUUGAUGGUUGCUUUCUUGAUUUUGUUUGCCAUGUAACAGAAAUUACUGCUUGAAAUGUUGGCAUUCAUAUUAAUUACGGAUGUAAUUCUGUGUAUCUUACUGUGACUCCGAAAACUAUAGUGUUGGUGUCAUGGAAAUGUACGUUAUUUCCAAGGUCAUUUCAUUAAAGGUAAAAACU